AGAUACACCCGAAGUGACGUCACGGUAAGCUGUUCUGAAGAAGCCGGUGCAGAUGUGAAGAACAAUGCUCAUGUUUAUUUGAGUUUCAGUUUAUUGUCCAAGCGCAACACUGAAAGCUGAUGGCAUACAAACAUGGCUACGCGUUCCGGAAGUUCUUCUCGUACUGCGAACACGCGGGGGCGACCGCCACAGAUUGCAGCAGCCACAACGACAAGAGGCACGUCAUCGAAGUCUAUGCCCGAUUCCGCUGGGGACACAUCAAAAGCCGUUGCCGCCGGGGACAGUAAUUCCACCACGGCAGCAUCCGCGUCCUUGUGGGGCAGCAUCUUAGCCGAGGCGCAAAAUGCCCAGAGACUGCGCCGACAAGAUGCGGAUCUGCUGAUUCUCGGGGAGGCCGCAGUCGCAGCGGACUUAGUGGAUCAACUUGCGGACUUUCCUCCCGAGGACCGCCUGGAUGCAACUUCGGUCGUCGACUACGCGUACUUGCAAUGGAAAAACGCAGGGGGCCACGCCGCGGUUUGGCUCUUGGCGGAUCCGACCCGCAAGGAAGUCCUUCUGGCCCAGCUUCGCAGGCGAAACGUCUCGGACCUGCGCAAACUCUGUGCUGUGAUUUGCCUAAAUUUGGAGGAGCCCUGGGGGCUAAUGGAACAGGUUCUUCUGGGCGUUUGUUUUACGGGAUGUCCUCGCACAAUGAAUUUAGCAAAUUGUAUCCUCCUCGCUGAUGUCCUCUACAUGCAAAGUAAGAAGUGCAACUACGCGAAACAGGAGUAGUUUUUGGGUUUCGCAACAUGCGCGUAACCUACCCCUUGAAUGCUCUUCUCAGGUCGAGUCGCAGCUUGCAGUCCUCAAAGGUGUAUUGCAAAGCGUAGCGUCAACCGAUUCUGCCGAGGAAGGCAUGCGCAACGUGGAGACCUUUCUUCAAAAAGCCUACGCAAAAUACCGCACUGGUCCUUCGUCUGCGGAUACUGCAGCGGACGCUCGCGACACAGACGCGACAAGCGCCAUGCGAGCAAAAGCCCAGGUAACCGGCGAAAGCAGCGGCAACGAGAGGCAGGACAAGAAUGGUGCCGAGAACUCGAACGGGCGAGACACAGGCAAAGCUGCGCUGGAGACGCUGACGCGCAACCUCGGCAUACCCGUGAUUUUUGUCGUGUGCCGAGCGGACCUAGCGGCCGGCAUUGCAAAGGAAAAAUCGUGCGUCGGCUGGAUGGACGCUGUGCCAUUGUACUUACGGAAAACGAUGUUGGCGUGCGGGGGGUCGCUUUUCUUUCACCAAGUCGCAAAGCGAAAGAACACGUCACUGCUGUACGACUACAUCGGCCACCGCCUCUUCGACACGAAGUAAUGAUUACACUCAAUUUUUUUUCUGAAACGUCCUCUGCACAGAUAGUGCCAGCAACAGCAUUUCCUUCAGAUGCUAAGACUAUAUAAAGGCAAGGUGCUCAAGAUCCUUCUUUUUCGCGAAAGAUUCUUCUCUAAAACAAUGACGCACUCUGCCUUUUUCGAUGUUUCCAGCAGUUCGAAAACUACAACUAUGAUCCAGGUUCGAAGGGGCCGUAGACGCGACAUCAGUCGAUGAAAUUCUUGUCCCCGCCGGCUAUGAUGACGAGCAGCGUCUUCUGGACGAUGCCGCCGACACCGUCGCGGCCCAGUUUGCACGGCCGUUCAGCGAGUUGGUGCAGCGGUUGCCAGCUCUUUUUCCGCAGGCGGACAAACAGCUGCCGCCGGUCUUACGCGCCGAGCCGGCCAACGCGUUCCUGGCGCGAACGAUGCGAGACAUGGCCUCGCGGAAAGACGGAAGUCAGCUAGAGGCCACGAGUUACGGGACGACGUCCUCCGCCGCAAUGCCUGCAAGCAGCAGCUCCGCAACGGGCGCGAAUCGGGGAGCAGGUGGCUCUUCGAACAACCAAGGAGGUAGUUCUUCGUCACAAGUCCGAGCAAAUUCUCGUGAUUCCCGUGCUGAUUUCUUUCGCAAUCUGGCCGAAAGGCCUGCGUCUGGGACUUCUGUGGGUGUUCCUGGACAGAGCGCCGCAGGCGCAGCGGAGCAAGCCUCCGCCGCGUCUUCCGCUGCGCCAGCGCGCGGGCGCGCAAGCGGGAGCAACGCCGCGGGAACAACCAACGGGGCGUCACGCACCGCGAGCAAUCCACGGGCACCUUCAGGGGGGCCGCCACCAGCCGGCAGAAGUGCUUCGAGAGACGGAGAAACUGUCAAGGAGAAGCUGGAACGGUUGAAGGCAGCAAAAGCAAAGCGCAAACCUGAUGCGGGAUGAGAGUAUGUGAGAGACCCAGCCGCGGGCGCGGGGGUCGUAGCUGGUGAGGACACUGUUGUAGAUCUUCUCUCAGACCUCCACGUCCACUAUGACACAGGGACAGUACGAACAUGCAUGGCACAGAAGGGCCGCGAUCCUCUUCGCCUCCCUUGUUCUCCUGGUUGCUUUCCAAGAAAAGGAUCUCAGCGGGAGCUUGACUAUGAACAAAGAUCUGCUGGCCACGCCACCAACUAUGUCAUGAGAUAGUGAUGGAUGCACAUGCACUUCCUAGAUACAUGAACUGAACAUGUUGCAAGGCGUUCGCUUGUGAUUUUACUGCAACAUGGAAGACCAUGACCAUACGAGCGUCGAGCGGACGAACCCAGCUAAUUUUGGCGUCGUUCUCCUGGUUGUGGUUGCGGAUGAGCGUGUUGUGAUCUACAAGAUGGAUGUCGUCUGGUCGUAACACCGGCGAUAUCCUAAACGAUCGUAGAAUCGCUAUCGCAUUCGCUUUCGCACCGAGAUGGAAUAAAUGGUGUCCAUUCAACAGAAGGGAAAAAAUUUGGAUCCGU